AUGGUGGCAGGAAAGCAAGGCGAAUUGAUGGUUCAUACACCACAAGAUUUCAUCAACAACGACCCAAUCAAACAGUUGCAGACCAAGUACAAAGAAUUUCAGAAUGGGUUCAAGGGUUGGCUCGCCAAACAAUCUUUACCCGUUGAAGCCGCUAUCGUUACCAUCACCAGCGCCGCCCAGGGUGCCACCAUCGGUGGUAUCAUGGGUACUCUCACCACCGACGUCGCCGCCUCUGCUCCGCCUCCCGCUGCCUCCCUUAAUCCACAGGCUAUGGCCUCUUUCCAGCAAGCCCAAGUUACAUGUUAG